AAUAAGGAGAGUAAGAAUAAAAAUAAAAGCAAUCAAUGUAUUAUCCUUAGUUCAGAACAAAACAAGGACUUGAGAAUGGAAUCUUCCUCUGGAGGUUAUACACUUUCCUUGGGAUUGAGAAUAUAUUUCCUUCUGUACCUUUCCCCCUCCCUGACAUACAUGAUGCAGAUUUUAGGCCAGGAUGGUUUGCCUUGGGUUCAGACUAGAUUCACGACAAUAAGGUUCUUUGGGGUGAUGUUGGACAGGUGGGUUGAAUGUUCAGUUUCACCUGGCUGUGUUCAUCCCAGCACUGUGGCGAUGACGACUGCCAAUGCCCAUGGGCACCGACGAUACCACCAAACCCUCCAUCUAUAUAUAAGACUCGGACUAUGGCAUUUUCCUUCCUUGCCUAGUGAGAGCAUUGCCCCUGAUAAAGCCGGAGUCCUGGCUUCCCUUAUUACUUAUUAAAUACAUGGCCUGGCUAUGGAUGCUAGGGAAUUUGGCUUACAGGUGAACAUCGCUAUGUGAUAUUGGCCGUAUUCCUAAAUCUAAGAUCCAAAUAACCAUGUCAGAUAGAUAUUCACCUCAAAAACUCACUCCAGUCCAUAGGUUGCUCUGUAGAAACUGGCGAUACAAUAUUCUACUUCAUAUAAAGAACUGAAGUCUUCUUGUGAUGGCGCUUAGUGAUGUGAGAGGCUGUGGGAAUCCAAUGGCUGGACCACACAGAACCUUUUUUGAACAGAUUUCUGGGCUCCCCUUGGGGCUUCUGAGCAGGUAGAUAUGUGGCAGGCCUCCACGUCUAAGUGUUUAACAUGCUCCCAGUUCAUUCUGAUGCGCAACUAAGUUUGGGACCCACUGGCCAAGAGUCAGAGCCAUCUAAGAGGGCAAACCUCCCAAAUUAUGUUGUUUGCUCUUCAACCAGCUGUUAUUUCAAAACUAUUCAGUUAGCCAGUAUGUUUGAGCACCGCACAUGGACAUACCGCCUAAACAGAGCCCUUCUGUUAUGGAGCAUGUAAUCUUAUAUUAAACAAAUAUUUCAGACCCAUCCUAAUCACAGAUCCUCCACAUGGGAAAUAUAAUGAAAGGCAAUUCAGCCCAACCUCCCAAAUUAAAUAAUUUAUUUUUUUCACUAUAGAAUCCUGUCAGAGAGUCACCUACUCUAGCUCGAAUGCAUGCACAGCUGGUGUCCUCUGUAGAUGAGCCCAUAUUAACACUGGGCACAGUCCUCAAAUACCCUGACCUUUGGAGAGCACUUUAGCGACCUAGUGGGCGAGUGGGAGUUAACACUUAGUUGGUUAUGACUUAUAACCAACUUAUAAUUACUGUCUACUUUAUUGGUAAACUGGAAUAUCUUCCUGCCCCACCACCCAAGCUUAAAGCCAGCAUCUACCUUUAUGCCAACCUCAGCUGUCCCUACAUGUGGCAUUUUUCCACCCAGUUUACUCUGUGAGAAGCAGAAGGAGCUGGGCAAAUUGACAAUGGGAGUGUUUCAAAAGGUUGGUGUAUAUUUCUGAACAAAACGUACACUUAUUUUUAGGGGUUUUAAAAAUAAUGUGUCAUAGUUUCUGUACUCUUCUUAGGGACAGUGUCAGUGAAGGAAAAAAACGAUGGCUUUUGACAGUGUGACGUUUAGUGGGGCUGUUUUUUUGAGGCUAAGAUAUUAACACGAAGUUUGCCAGCGGCCAAGUGGAGGGUCUAUGUGUCAUCUCUCAGUAAAAGCAGAAGUGCCCAGAAUUAACCAAGCAGCUUUACUGUCUACCUAUUGAUAUGACAAAUGAAUCCCAGGGUAAAGUGUUAGAACUUUCUCCUAAGUUUACUCAUUCCCCUUUUUGGUUAAUAACCUAGGCUGGGAAGUUGACAAAUUUAGAAGCAUGUAUGUUAUUUUUGAUCGGAGGGGAGGGGGGAGGUAUUACGACAAAAAAGUUACUUGAACUGUUUGCAUUACUGAUCAAUUGAUGUUUACGUUUAUUCAUUUCACGUGAUUAUUUUGUUGAUUAGCUCCGAGAGUUUAAGAUUUAUUAUAAAAAAAGGUCUUUCCUUUUUUUUUUUAGGCUUCUAAUUUUUAUUUUUGAGAAGUAAAGGCUGUAGAAUUGAUCAAUCUGAAUAACCCUAAAACUGCAUGAGGAAGAGAUGUCCUUAAAACCACACGGCAUGACUCUCUGUAGGCAAUGUUAGAAGAUUUUGGCAUUCAUUGUUGAAUUCCGUGCACACGUUUUAUUUUCUUUUCUUCUUAAUUUGCAUGUCAAGAAAGUGGUUCCCUUUUUUUUUUUUCUUUCCUCGUUAUUUCAUUUUAUUCUCUGUGAAGACACCGUAGAUUUAUUUUGAUCUCGUUUUCUUUCCAUUCGAUUUAUUUUCUUCUGUAGUGACAUUUAGAAAGGUAUCUUGGGUAUCAUUCUUUGAAUUCUCCAGGGGUUACAGCUAACUGGUGACAGAAAAAAAUAAAAAUAUCUCGUUCACAUUUGUUGCUUACUGAUUGCACAUCUCAGUACUCUUAUAAUUUCUCUAAUUUGCAUGUUACAGAACGGAAGCCAGGACAAGACAUAGAAAUUAAAGCGAGAGAACGUUACGCAGUGGUCGUUGACUGAAAUAAUAAUCUGCAUGUUGUUUUCCCUUCUCCCUCCUGCAUGCAGGGAUUUGGUUUCGUAACUUUCGAAAAUAGUGCCGAUGCGGACAGGGCGAGGGAGAAAUUACACGGCACCGUGGUAGAGGGCCGUAAAAUCGAGGUAAAUAAUGCCACAGCUCGUGUAAUGACAAAUAAAAAGACCGUCAACCCUUAUACAAAUGGCUGGAAAUUGAAUCCAGUUGUGGGUGCAGUCUACAGUCCCGAAUUCUAUGCAGGCACGGUGCUGCUGUGCCAGGCAAACCAGGAGGGAUCUUCCAUGUACAGUGCCCCCAGUUCACUUGUAUAUACUUCCGCAAUGCCCGGCUUUCCGUAUCCAGCUGCCACCGCCGCGGCCGCCUACCGAGGGGCGCACCUGCGAGGCCGCGGCCGCACCGUCUACAACACCUUCCGGGCCGCGGCGCCCCCGCCUCCCAUCCCUGCCUACGGCGGUUACGGACGAGUUUAUGCUGCCGACCCCUACCACCACACACUUGCUCCAGCCCCCACCUACGGCGUUGGUGCCAUGGCUAGUAUAUACCGAGGGGGAUACAACCGUUUUGCUCCAUACUAA